AUGGCCUCCUCAUACGCCCUUCCUUCUUCUGCUUUACCCCAUGCCCACCAAAACCACAUGCAUUCGCACACGCGAGCCAACUCACAGCCGUCAAUCAACGCUUUGAGAACGACCAUGUCGAACGGCAGCAUCUCAUCGCGACUGGAUGUUGAUUCCCACGACCAUGGGCAUACCCACGAUCUCGAACAAGUCCACGAGCAUGACCACGAACAUGACCACGAUCACGAUCACGACCAUAGCCACGACCAUAGCCACGACGGCGGAUAUGGGCUUCCAAACCCAGCCCGUCGUGGUGGGCACACUCGCCGUCACACGCGCUCCCACUUGUCGAACUCGAGCAUGUUACUCAGCCGAGAGAAGCAGCCUCCACCGGCGCUCAACACUCUGGAUGGCUGGACACAAGAAAAGACGCCGGGAGGCAAGAGUGUAAUAACCCCGGGUCCCGAGACGGCGACAAUGCCGUAUUCGCCGCCCGACAAGCACGACCAUGAUCAUGAUCACAGCCAUAGCCACGACCAUGCUCACGAUCAUUCCCACGAUCAUCAUCAUGGCCAUGUCCAUGCGCACGCGGACUCCCACGAGAAUAAUGCCAAUAGAUCACUCGUUACCAGGAUGCUGCUUCCCUACACCGCUCGCUUCCCGAUUCUCCACGCAAUCAUGAUCGAGAAGGAUUCGAGGCGAAUAUUCUAUUUUAUGACACUUAAUUUCUCUUUCAUGACAGUCCAAGCCUUUUAUGGUUAUGUUACGGACUCGCUCGGCCUUCUCAGUGACAGCAUUCACAUGUUCUUCGACUGCGUGGCGUUAAUGGUAGGCUUGUUGGCUGCGGUACUGAGCAAGUGGCCCCGGAGCCAACGAUUUCCGUACGGCUUUGGCAAGAUUGAGACGUUGAGUGGAUUCGCCAACGGUAUUCUCCUCAUGUUGCUUAGUUUGGAGAUUGCGUUUGAGGCUUUUGAACGUUUGUGGGAAGGAAAAGAGACAAAGCGUCUUGGCGAACUCUUCGUUGUUAGCACGCUUGGCCUAGUAGUGAACAUGGUUGGAAUGAUGGCAUUCGGCCACCACCACCAUGGAGGACACGAUCACGACCACGGCCACUCGCAUAGUCACGACCAUUCGCAUGACCACUCGCAUGGCCAUUCACACGACCUUUCUUCCCCUCCCCCGCAAGGAGGCUGCGGACACAGCCAUGGCCAUGAUAACGAAAACAUGCACGGCAUUUACCUCCAUAUCCUAGCAGACACCCUCGGUAGUGUUUCCGUCAUUGUGUCCACCGUGCUGACACAUUUCUGGGGAUGGGCCGGAUGGGAUCCUUUGGCAUCGUGCUUGAUAGCCGUUCUCAUCUUCCUCUCGUCCAAACCCCUGGUCUAUUCGUCAGCGAAGCGCCUUUUGCUGAGCAUCCCUGAGGAUACGGAAUACAAUUUGCGAAAUAUAUUGGGCGGAAUUCUCAACCAGCGAGGAGUUGUGGGCUAUGCGACACCCAAGUUCUGGCGAGACGAUCACAGCGCGAGUGCCACUGGAGGCAAGCUGCUUGGUGUUGUACACGUAGUGGCAGCACGCGGGGCGGCCCUAGAGGAUGUGAGGGAUCGAGUGCGCAGUUAUUUUUCCAACGAGGGCAUGGAUGUGCUUGUUCAGGUAGAAAGAGAGGGAGACAUGACCUGCUGGUGUGUCAGGCGAGGGGGGUCGACACCAGCACCGACACCAACAUCACUGGCAGCGGUCAAGGCAUUCUAG